AUGAAGUUUGUGUGGAGGCAAGUCGCAGAGACUCCGCAAAUGUCUGUAGCAUCAUCAGCUUCCAUACCCGCAGUAACAGAACCGGCUGCUACAGCAGUCACAGAUCCAGCGGCUUCAGCAUCACCGCCACCACCACCAGUCGGUGACCCGGCUACGGUGCUGCCACCUGCCGGAACUUUAAUCCCAGACCCGGCUGCGAAUCAAACGAACUGUGCCCCGAAUUGUUCUUCAAGCGCAGCGCUGGCAACUGGCUCACGCAGUGAAGAAGCAAGCCAAUCUCAGUCCGUAGUUAUAUCCAAAACUGCUAGUCCAUCACCGAGCAGCAAUGGUACGAUUGCAAACGGCAACCCUUCCACGAACACGCAACGAGCAACCGACGGGCUGUCUGGUGGUACGGUGGCCGGAGUGGCUAUCGGAAUGUUUCUCGUCGGCUUGUUGAUCGCUGGCGCUGUGUUCUUCUUCCUGUUACGCCGUCAGAAGAAGAAGCGAUACAUUCCAGCACCAACUCAUCUCACCCCUCAUGCUCACAAUUAUGGCGCUGCUGGGCAAGUAGAGAAGGGCCCGACAGUCGCUACCAGCGCUUAUGCUUCGAACAUCGACGACAUGCUACCUCAGCCUGUAGCAGACGACGCUAUCACUGGCGCAGUCUUGAACAUACGGGACAAUAUCAAGAACCAUGUUCGAGAGUUUUAUCAUGUUUCUCCGGUCCCAGCAGCCAGCAUCAACCAGGCAAGCAUGAGGGAGCUGGCGAUUGCGACCGGCACAAGCUCUUCCGUACUCGCAAGUAUGCUCUCGAACAUCUCAACCCGAGCCGAAACGCUUCGCCUCAUUGUAGCCUGGAGUGUGCUCUCGAGAUGCACCGGAGAACGCGUUGAGAGCUUGCUUCCGGGAGAGCUUGCGCCGCUCGCCUCAGCUGUUCCUGGACGAGAUGGUAAAAACGCCGGUAUGUUCAUCUCAGCCUCCGGAAGUCUAUAA